AUGGCCGACACUCUUGCGCCAGAGCAGUAUGCCACCUACGGCGCCCUCAUCGACGGCAUCCUGGCCAAAUCCGACCUCAACACCAUCUCCGCCAAGCGCAUUCGCAAAGACCUCCAAGACAAAGUCGACUUUGACCUGACUCCUCUGAAGAAACCCAUCACCGAAUUGAUUAUGGAACGAUUCGACAAGGCCCAAGCAAAGGAGCAGGAGAAUGGAGCAGUCGGAUCUGUAGAGUCUGUCCCAACUGCGAACGGUAUAGCACACGAUGACGUAUCACCGCCGGCAUCGAGCCACAAGCGCAAAGAGAGGGAUGAAGAGGAAGAGGAUAUGAGUGAGGUGGAGGAUUCAUCGCCGGCGCCUAAGAAGGUCAAGAAGACCAAUGGCUCGGUGGAGUCGGACGAGAAGAUGGCGGCGAGACUACAAGCAGAGCUCAAUGCUCAGCCGCGGUCGACACGUGGAGGCGGCACGACCAAGCGGAAGCCCGUUGCCAAGAAGGAGAAGAAGACCAAGAAGAAGAGCAAAGCGAAGGUGGGAUCGGACGACGAUAGCGAGGUGGAAGGCGAGGAGAAGCCGGAGAGGGAGAAGAAGGGCGGAUUUCACAAACCUAUGAACCUUUCAGAACCGCUAUCAGCCAUGCUGGGCGAAAGCCAGCUCUCUCGGCCGCAGACGGUCAAAAAGAUAUGGGAGUACGUCAAGGCACGCGACUUGCAAGACCCGUCAGACAAACGCAACAUCCGGUGCGACGAUGCGAUGCGGGCGGUCUUCAAAAGCGACAAGGUGCACAUGUUCACCAUGAACAAGUUGCUCGCCACGCAUCUCUAUCCUGCCGAUGAAGUAUGA